AUGGAACAGAACAGGUUCAAGAAAGAAACGAAAACUUGUAGCGCUAGCUGGCCGCGCGCACCGCAGUCGACGCUGUGUGCGACAGAUCGCCUCGAGCUCACAUACGAUGUGUACACUAGCGCAGAGCGGCAACGCCGCUCUCGCACUGCCACUAGGCUUAACCUUGUGUUUUUGCACGGCAGCGGCAUGAGUAAGGUGGUAUGGGAGUACUAUUUGCCGCGUCUGGUAGCCGCCGAUGCGGAGGGCAAUUAUGCCAUCGACAAGGUUUUGUUGAUCGACCAGGUUAACCACGGUGAUUCUGCGGUACGCAACCGCGGCAGACUCGGCACCAAUUUCAACUGGAUCGACGGGGCCCGCGACGUGCUCAAGAUUGCCACAUGCGAGUUGGGCAGUAUUGACAGCCACCCGGCACUAAACGUAGUCAUCGGCCACUCGAUGGGCGGGUUCCAGGCUCUUGCGUGUGACGUCCUGCAGCCCAAUCUGUUUCAUUUGCUCAUCUUGAUCGAGCCUGUAGUAAUCACACGGAAAGCCAUCGGCGCCGGGAGGCCAGGGCUUCCGCCCGAUUCUCCGCAGAUCCCAGAAAAUCUUUAUAACUCCCUACGUUUAAAGACGUGCGACCAUUUCGCUAACGAGUCCGAAUAUGUAAAAUAUAUGAGGAACGGUUCCUUUUUUACCAAUGCGCACAGCCAAAUCCUGCAAAACAUCAUCGAUUUUGAGAGGACAAAAGCCUCUGGAGACGAUGAAGAUGGUGGACCCGUUCGCACGAAGAUGGAGCAGGCUCAAAAUCUCCUCUGCUACAUGAACAUGCAGACUUUUGCGCCUUUCCUGAUCAGCAAUGUGAAGUUUGUGAGGAAGCGGACUAUCCACAUUGUGGGCGCGCGCUCCAACUGGUGUCCUCCGCAAAAUCAGCUGUUUUUGCAGAAAACUCUACAGAACUACCAUCUCGAUGUCAUUCCCGGCGGCUCCCACUUGGUCAACGUUGAGGCUCCGGACCUGGUGAUCGAGAGGAUUAAUCACCACAUCCACGAGUUUGUCCUUACCUCCCCGCUGCAGUCCUCACACAUUCCGCAAUUGACCCUUGAAGAAAGAGCGGUGAUGUUUGACCGGGCUUUCGACUCGUUCAAGAAUGAAGCUUUGGUUAAAACGACUAAACAAAAACUGUAA